AUUCGUAGCGGUUGCUUACUACCCUAGAAGGCCGUGUUUUACAAACGUUGAUUCUAUUGUUUUUUGGCAAUUUUAUUAAAACUAUAACACAAUGUUUCAUUUGACUUAUCCACAUAGGAGAGAAAUUACCAUUUCACCCGAGGACAUCAUCAAACCUAUGGUGAUUUUAUCCAACUUACUGGAGAAUGGGAUGCAAGAAGACAGAAAACCAAGACAGUCACAGCAAGUAACGCAAGUUAGCCGUGAUCCUCAAGAUGCAUUCCGUGUGAGUUUGGAUGUUCAACACUUCAUGCCAGAAGAAAUUAAAGUUACCUUGGUUGGUGAUAACGUUAUCGCAGUUGAGUGCAAACACGAGGAGAAAGGAGACGAACAUGGAUCCAUUUCAAGGCAUUUUAUUCGUAAAUACGUCAUUCCAAAGGAGUUCGACAUGUCCAAGGUGGAAACCAGACUUUCCUCAGAUGGAGUAUUAAGUAUUAUUGUGCCAAAAAUUGAAUCUAGUCCUGUAGAGUAUAGGGAAAUUCCAAUUAUUAGAACUGACGAACCAGUUAAGAAAUUAAGAAAAAAUGAAAAUGAGAAUGAGAAAUAAGUAUAUUUUAAGUAAUUUGUAAUGUGGAAAGUUUAACAUUUUGUAUUUUUUUAUAAAAAAUAAACUAGUCAAAUAUA